CGUAAAUAUCGAGCCGUACCAGCAGCGCUUGGAAGCGUUAUUGGAUACAAGUUCUUCCACUGUGCCCGAUGAUGAAUCCGAAAUUGAUGGUCAGUUUGAAGAGAGAGAUGCGAUUGAACAUGACGAGGAUCCUCGUCGUGAUUUCAACUCUCGCACAUAUCUAUGGAAACUGGGCUCGGAAAAUGAAUCACUCGUGUAACUUCAACGUCCAGUUCGUCUCGAUGAGGGUGUCGUGGAAGUGGAGAGUCAUGAUCCAGGCUGUGAGAAACAUCGCGCCAGGAGAGCCUUUUACGGUUGAUUAUGGUGCUGAGUACUGGGAGGGGACGGCAUUCAGUUGUAUGUGCGGGAGUGCUAGGUGUAUUUAUGGGAAUAAAAAAGAGGAUAUCUAGGGUGUUUCUUGUGCUAGGAAAAUAAUCAAUAUAGUUAGCUAAAGACUGGGUAAGAUUAGGAUAGCUGGAGGGCCGGUAGAUAAGCUUUGUAUUUAAACACAAAGUCCGCAGGAUACACUGGGUCUUGACCUUGCCAACUCAUUCGGUGCCAAACUUGACGGCUUAUGGAACUGGCAAAGACCUCUACGAA